GUAGGUACUUACGUAGAAUUACGGGUACUGCAGAGUACUUCUUACCAGUCAAAUCAAAAAUUAGAUGGAGCCAGGAGCAUUCAUGGGAAAGCUUUCAAGCAAUUUCCUCGACUCUCUUCUUCUCCCAAACUCCAAAAUCGAAAUCCGACGCGAAACAUCAUCGCCCUUCUUUUUCUUUCAUCUACCUAAUCCAUCAAUGAGAUUUUCCCGUCUAUCUUGUCUACCUUCGAGUCAUUCCUUGUUUCACCAUUAAUCGCACCGCCUCCCGUCCAAACUUAUUUUAUUCUUGUAAUUAAAUCCUUCUCUCGCAUCCCUUCUGCAGAGUAAAUACGCGAUCAUGACGGACAAGCUACCUCCCAAUCUCCUCGCGCUCUUCGCGCCGCGACCACCUUUGCGAUGGGUACCCGCGCCCGACUUCCCUCCUGAGCAGCGAAAAACUCAUGCGAUCACUGGCCUCUCUGGAUAUCUUCCUGUUCUCGCUGCCUACAAGGACAAGGAUGGAUAUAAACCCACCGAGAGCUGGCUGCAGAUGCGCGAUAGGAAGAAGCUGGAGAAGAAGAUGCAACAGGAGAAAAUACUAACUGAGGGUCCAUUAAACUAUAAACCUAACGACGACCCCAACAUCCGCGGCGAUCCUUUCAAGACCUUGAUUGUCGCCCGUCUCAGCUACGAUGCCAACGAGCAUGACCUCGAGAAGGAGUUUGGGCGCUUUGGUCCUGUCGAACGCAUCCGUAUCGUUACCGAUACCCAUGCAAACGAAAAGCCCAAUAAGAAAAAGAAGCCCCAUCGAGGAUAUGCUUUUGUUGUUUUCGAACGUGAGAAAGACAUGAGAGGUAAUGCUGCCAUUGAUUCCCCCCUAGAUUAUCCAUCUCGAACCUCAGGAUCCGCUUCGCCCAUGUCUCUCACACGAGAUCUGGCCCUCAAGCAUGCCGAUCUCUUUCCCCUUCUCCCCUUCCUUUGGUCUCCCCCUUUUCCGUCGAGAUGAGGUAUGAAAUAAUUGGUAAGGCUUUACUGACAAACGCGCGUUGAUGCGCACGUGUGACUAGCUGCUCUAGAUGGUUGCGACGGCAUCCGCAUCAGGGACCGCCGAAUCAAGGUCGACGUUGAAAGAGGCCGAACAGUUAAGGGCUGGAAGCCUCGUCGGUUUGGUGGUGGUCUAGGUGGUCGCGGAUACUCCAAGGCCGCACC